UUCCGGUUUUCGGGCGUGGAAGUGAGCGGUGCAGUGUGAUCCAGGAAGGCGGGAGAUUUGUAGAAACUUCAGCUUUAUAUCACCAAAACAAACGUUGAGAGAUCCGCGGGGAAGCACUCAGCCCUGUUAGGGAUCAGGAAGAUAACCCCUGGUUUACUGUACAGAGGAGACCCAAUGGAUCCGCUGGAGUUUCUAACGCAGGAGGAAUUAACUCGGUUUUUUCACUGCAAGAAGACAGAGAUCUCCUGCAUGGAGGAACCACACACCUUCCUCCACCAGCUCCGAGACCACAACCUGGUCCCUGAGGAUCUCUACCAGAAGGUGAUAAAGAUGAAGUGUAAAGACAGAAGGCAGGAAGGUGUGUAUCAGAUUUUGGACUGGCUGGAGAAGGAGCGAGGACAGUGUGUGAAGCUGUUUUGGACUUGUGUAUUUAAGAAUCACAUCUUGCAGAAAUAUUCGGUUUUCCGCUUGCUCCGAAACAGCCUCCUGGACGGCUCCUUCAGGUUUUAUAUGGAGCUCCCUGAUGCAGCGGAACUAAGCAAGAAUGAGAAAGAUUCAAUCCAGAGCAAGGAAGAUAAAGCAGAUGGACAGAUUGGUGGAAGAAAGAGAAAGAAAAGCACUGAAGAAACAGAGAAGCGAGAGGAACCAGGCCCUUUCUCUUUCUCUAAUCGGAACCAGAAGAAACAAGCUAAGAAGCCCACAUUCACCACUCCAUUAAAAAAAGGAGAGAAGGCGGAUAUUUGGAUGUGGGAUUUUUAUAAAACUCAGCUCCCUGUAACCUGCGGUGAUAAAGAAGGCAUUCUGUAUCGGGACAAACUGGCCAGAGGGCUCAAGAGUAUCCAGUCUCAGGGUCGCUGGUUCACUGCAAGCGAAUUUGAGAAGUUUGCUGGAAAGGGAAGCAGCAGGAACUGGAAACAGAGCAUCCGCUGCCAAAACACUCCACUGCAGAAACUUAUAGAGGAGGGUCAUCUACAGUCUCCAAGUGCAAAAAGACGCUAUGAUCAGAAGAAUCAGAAAAUUCAGCUUCCUGUCAGCUCUUUGGAAGCCACUAGCCCCCUGUUGCUCCACUGGUGUCUGUUAGAGUCAGUAUCCAGUGUAGAGACGGAGGGAUCACGUGAAGACCAUGAGGAGGAAUGGAAACUGAAACACGAAGAAGAAGAGGAAGAAGACAGCGAGCCAGUGGAUUUGUCUAAACUGAAUGUUUUUGCUUUACCGGUCAGCUGCGGCUCUGUCAGUGGGAUUUUAUAUAAAGGCAGAUUUGCAGGGUCACGCAGUAAGAGCAUCCGCACAGAGGAGCGCUGGUUCACUCCUGAGGAGUUCGUAAAGCAGGAGUUAACGCUGACAGAUGGACACUGGAGGAAAGAUAUACUGUGUCAUGGAAAAACCCUUAGCUACCUGGUGAAGAAGAAGAUCCUGUAUGUUCAUUCCCUGCUGUGUCGAUGUCAUCUGUGCUGUCCUGACGACCCGCUGGAUCAGGAUAACGAUGACGUGUGCUUCAUUUGUAACUCUGCUGGAAAUCUGGUGUGCUGUGAUGAGUGUCCACGAGCUUUCCAUCAUCAGUGUCACUUACCAGUGCUACAGGAAAGAACUCUCGGGGGCAACUGGAUGUGCACUUUCUGUGUGUUAAAGACUAACCAGGGAUUGUGGAUUCACAUGACCAAUGAAGGCAUUCUGAACAGUCCUGUUUCCGGAAACAUUAUGCGUUGUGAGUAUUUGCUGUUGUGUUUGUAUAAGGAGGACGCACUGCGUGUGUUUACUAGAGAUCCCACUGCAACAGUGCCGAGGUACACCAGGGUGAUCUCGAAGCCCAUGUGGCUGGACCGAGUGAAGACCAAACUGCAGAGCAACCAGUAUAAAGCAGUGAGAGAGUUUGUGGGAGACGUCAGGCUUAUCUUUCAGAACUGCCACAUUUUCAACAAGGAUAAUGAGUAUGGGAAGAUGGGAGCCAGACUGAGUGAGAUCUUUGAGCGCGAGUUCAACACCAUCUUUAAGAUCCAGUAGCAAUUCUCCUCUUUUACAAUCCUGUUUAACUGGCAUUAAUCUCUUCAUCUCCUGGCACCUGUCUGUCAAACCUCUAACUUUCAUAACUACAUGUCUUUUUAUAUACUUUAAGAUGAAUAACUGAAUAAUAAGCUUGGUCUUUAAGACAUUAAACUUCAUAUUGGGUACAAAAUCCUGUUGUUAACCUAUAAAGCAAUACGUGUUUUAGCUUUAAAUUUUAGACACAGCUUUAUGAAUGUAUAUGCAUUUACUGUUCCUUUAGUUUUUGUUUAUUUUUAAUUAAGCUUUUAUAUUUGAGUAUUGGGUAUUCAAUCUUUUUUCUUUGUAUUCUUGUGUGAUCUCUUAAAAAUAGUUUACUUCCUUCCUACUUGCACUUUUUUAUUGGUUUCUGCACUAAUCUGUCAUUGUUUAUUUUCAGUUUUACACACUUAUAUGAACACUCUUUUAUUCGUUUAUUCAUAUCGUAAAUGAUGCUUCUAAUGCAUUUGAUUUAUGUAGUAUUGUCAGACUGUGUUCAGUUUUCUGACCAGCAGUGUUUACUCGAUUAUGUGUAUUUUUCAUUUUACUGUACUACCACUUUACUGUACUACUGUCAUUUUAUCUGCUUCAUUAUGUGCUGAAAUACGAGGUUAAAUACUUUGUCUUUAUACUUAAUAACUUUAGAAAAAAUGUUUUACAAGAAAUAAAUAAUCUAUUAUUAUUAUUAUUAUUAUUAUUAUCAUUAUAUCAGAUAGUGAAGUGAAGAGCAAGUGAAGUGAGUUCAUGUCUAGUCCUGGACUGUCUUUUACAUAGCACAAUAACUUCUCUUGGUGUGUCUCAACAUGAGAUCAAGUAAUAUAAAUGAUAAUAUAAAUGUUCAGCUAUCCUGUUAUGGUUCCUUCAUUAUUUAUAUUAUGAAGCACAUCACACAGUCUCACUUGUGAACUUAGGAUUUUAAGGUUCGAUCAGGUUUCGGAAAGAACAUGAGGUAAAAUUUUAUAAUAAUGUAAUAGGAAGGUCAUGAAUUGCUUCUCAGGAUAUUUACCCUUACAGUACCCUCUAGUGUAUAUAUCUGUUACUGCACAGUGUUUGCUAAAUUACAGAAGUCUCAAAAUACUCUAUAAAUACAUAGUAUAUUGUGUUAUCUUACAGAGAAAUAAUAUGAAAAAAUGCAGCAGUACAUCUGCAGCUCAAAUACACAUACACUCCAAUAAAUAUAUUCAUAACUUCA